GUGCCAGGCACCCCAAUAGCGAUGCGAACGACAAACAACAUUCGACCUGACAAAAAUAAUUCUAUAGGAUUCUCUUGUGGCUUCUGGCGGUGACCCUCUCUAUUGAAUCAACUUUUGUCUGUCUUUCCUGCAGCCUGACCCGGGGAGACUCGCAAAAGAUCUCCCUCCUAUACCCCGCCCUGCUGCCAAGGUCUCCGGAUAAGCCUUCGAGUUUCCUCCUGAUAGACGCCUGUUCCACUCUUACUCAGCCCAGAAGCAUCGGCCAUCAACAUACACCUGCAGUACAUCUCCACAGGACUCACUCAGUUGCGGUAGCUUUGAAGAUAUUUCAACAUGGAGACCCUUAAGGCUGUCUUCUUCGGCCCCGAUCCUCAAGCACAGAUGAGGAAAUGCAACCAGCUCAUCCGUGCCAAUACCCGUCAAUUAGACCGUGACAUCUCCCAACUCAAGACCCUGGAAAGCAAAACACGACAGCACAUCGUAAGUGCAUCUCGACGAGCCCAACGCAACCCCUCCCAGGCGAAGCAGGCCAAUAUGGAAGCCAAGACCUUUGCGCGAGAACUUGUUCGGAUUCGAAAGCAGUCGACCCGGCUACACACUAGCCGAGCUCAGCUGCAGAGCGUCCACAUGCAGGUCAAUGAGGCAUUUUCGGUGCGCAAGAUUCAAGGGAGUCUGAAGAAGUCGACGGGAAUCAUGAAGGAUGUCAACACCCUCGUCCGUAUGCCUGAACUGACAGCCACAAUGCAACAAUUGUCAACUGAACUGGUGCGCGCCGGGAUCAUUGAGGAAAUGGUGGAUGAUGCGAUCCCAAAUAAUGAAUUGCUCGAAGACGAGGAGGAUGAGGCUGAGGAGGAAGUGGACAAAGUCUUGCAGGAGAUUCUCCAGGGCAAGUUGUCUCAGGUGGAGGGUGUCAGGCCCGAACAGCCUUUGGAAGAAGCUCCGGAGCCCGAAGACGAGCUCGAGGACCAAGAAGCGACUCUUGCACAAAUGAGAGGAAGACUGGAAGCCCUGAAGAGUUGAACAGACAACGUGAACUUACUCAUCAUGGUUUAGGAUGGCUUUAAUGCAUGCGCCUGCUCGUUCUUUCUCUUUCUUUACAUACUUUCAAUCAGUCUUAGAUGGCGUUCGAUUGGACAGGGCGCGCCAGGCGUUUAUUUCUUGAUCUCUGUUAUUCAUUUUGAUAUUGGGCAGGCCCCGGCUUCUGGAGCUUCGACUACAUUGCGUUGUCUUACUAUACCGCGCAACACUAUGGUUCGAUUGAGUGACCAUGUGUGUCGUAUACAAAUGUUAUGAGAUUAUCCAUUUGCAUUAUCAUCGGGCCGUUGCUUCUUUCAUCCUGGUGUUUGGGCAGCAGUGAGUAGCUUUGGCAUAAUCAGAGUCUGAACAUAA